AUGCCCUCACAUCCCCGCCAUUGACUCUCGUUUUUAUUCACUCUUCUUACGACUUUGCACAUUUUCUCUUCACUUCUUCUUUCUCCCCAUCCUCUGGGUCCCCAUUUUCUCUAUCUCUUACUUCCACGCCAACGCCAUUUCUGAGAAACUGGGGAUCACGAAGAAAAAGGGAGAAUUUAGCAGCAUAUCGUUCCCUUUUUACGAUUUUUCGGCUAUCAUAUUCUAAAUUCGAUAUUCUGCAGAAAUCAGCUUGGUGGACGCGGCGAGAGGAUCCGAUUUUCCCGUAUGAAUGCUCAACCCUAGGUUCUUUGCCGCUGAAAAUUCCUUUCGUUUCUUCAAGAAAUUUGGUUCUUUCUCUGAUUUCUGGGAAGACGUUUGGCAGAUUUUCCAACCCUAGUUGGGGGAGGAGCUAUUAGUUUUAGAGGAGGUGGUGCUGAAUCGGAGUCUGACCCAGAUGCGGGGAGGACUCUGGGAAUCAAGCUCCGACCCGUACUCAUUGUGAAGCUGUAUAUGGAUUCACCAUUCUCGACCUCAACCACGUUGACGUUGGGUUUUUUUCUUUGUUUGAUCGCCGUGCAAUCUCAGGAAGAUGUAAAUUCUGGAUCACAAUCCCAAUCCCCACCUCCGGUUUCGCCCCCUCCUCCUCCGCCUCUCCAACCACCACCGCCACCUCCUAUUCCACCGCCUCCCCCUCCGCCACUUCUCCAAUUUCAGCCUCCACCACCACCACCUCCUGUAUCUCCACCUCCUCCGUCUCCAUUUUCACCUCCCCCACCCUCACCCUCACCGCCAUCCUCUACAUCUCCUCCUCCUCCACGAAAACUCUCUCCCCCAUAUCCCAAAUCCGUUCAGGAUCAUCGAAAUGUCUCUCACCAUGAAAGGGAGAAUCACAAUGCAAGGCAUCAUACACCGCGUGGAAAGUUAAGCCAUACGCCAAAAGAAAAGAAACUGAAUUUGGGGAAGAAGAUAGGGUUGGUGUUCGUGGGAAUUGGCGUGCUUUUGCAGCUCUUUGUGGUAACAUUCUUGGUAAUCAAGAGGAAACAACUGUUAAAGGCCGAAAUCAGAAGAUAAUGACUCGUGAAAGUUCAAAAUCAUUUUUUCAUCAACAGAUUUUCUCUGUUGACUCUGUUUAUUCUUGGCGGAGUGUAUUAAUUAACUGGAGUUGUACUGAUUGAAAUUCUUUAAAGAGAGGAUUGGAUUUGAGAAAAAGGGUGCCCACGUCUACUGUUGUAGCUCUUGUAAAUUGGUAAUUCUUCAUCAGCUUUCUGCUUUCCUCAGUUCAAUUUUUUUAGUUUCCACUUGAAUUAUGGUUUUUCCCUAUCCAUUAGUGUUGCGCUGUGAAUGUAUUCUAUUAACAUCUACGAUUUGAAUGGUUUAUAGUUUGGAUUUCGGAAGGAAUGUUGUGUUUUAAAUUUCAUUUUAUUCACUCA